AUGGCUUCCUCUCAUGUUAAAUCAGUGUCCGGAGUGCGGCAGCGUGACGUCAGGGAGGUGCCGCGCAGCCGCGCCCGGGGCCAGGGUCGCGCGCUGUGGCAGUCGCAGAGUGGCGGAGGCGGCGGUGGCAGCAGCGGCCGAGCCACGGGCGGCAGCAGCAUGAGGCGCGCUCCGGACGGCGCCGUGUGCGCGCUGGCGCUGGCGCUCGCGCUGGCGUGUGCCCGGCCGGCCGGUCCCGCCUUCAGCGGCUACUCGCUGCCACAGGACUACGACCGUAGCCAGUCACCUGCCGCCUUCACUAAGGCCGGACCGCCGCUGGAGGUGAAACUACGAGCCCGCGUCGUCGACGUCUUGACCAUCAACGAGUUCCAGUCGGACCUCAGCGUGGACAUGGUGCUGUACCGGCGCUGGCUGGAGCCCCGCGUGAGCCUCCAGCAGCCUCUGGAGCCGGGCCGCUACUAUGCCCUGGAGCCGCGCGACUCUGCCCUCCUGUGGACGCCCGACCUUUACGUGAUGGGCGUGCGGCACUUCUCCAGCAGGGACGACGAGAUGGCGGUCCGCCACCUGCGCCUGCUGUACGGCGGGUACCUGGAGCACAUCAUCAGGGCUACCAUCGUCAUGAAAUGCAGCUUUGAUUUCCGGCCCUAUCCAUUCGACGUGCAGGAGUGCAACAUGGACUUCAUGUCUCCGCUGCAGACGACGGAGGAGCAGCGGCUCUCGUGGUACGACGAGGCGCGGCCGGUGGGCUUCUACGGCAGGCCGCAGGCCGCGUCCCAGCUGCUGCCGCAGUACGAGGUCGUGCUCACGCACUGCCCCGCCGCCUUCACCACCCCACACGUCUCCGGCAACGUGUCGUCGCUGCGGCUGUGGCUGCUGCUGCGGCGCGACGUGCGCGCGCCGCUGCUGGAGCUGUACCUGCCAACCGGGCUGUUCGUGUGUAUGUCGUGGGGCAGCUUCCUGGUGCGGCCCGCCAUGGUGCCCGGCCGCAUGGUGCUGCUCGUCACCACCCUGCUCUCGCUCGUCACGCUCUUCGAGUCCUCCAGGUGA